GCCGGCUUCGUCGCCUCCCCGCCUGUGAGCGGAGCAAGUACCCAGCCGGUUGUGCGCCGAGGGCAGUCGCCACUGCUGAGAGGAAACAAAAUGUCAGUCAGUGUGCAUGAGAACCGCAAGUCCAGGGCCAGCAGUGGCUCCAUUAACAUCUACCUGUUCCACAAGUCCUCCUAUGCUGACAGCGUCCUUACUCACUUGAACCUCUUACGCCAGCAGCGGCUCUUCACCGAUGUCCUUCUCCAUGCUGGAAAUAGGACCUUCCCUUGCCACCGGGCAGUGUUGGCAGCAUGUAGCCGCUACUUUGAAGCCAUGUUCAGUGGUGGCCUGAAAGAAAGCCAGGACAGUGAAGUCAACUUUGACAAUUCCAUCCACCCAGAAGUCUUGGAGCUGCUUCUUGACUAUGCAUACUCCUCCCGGGUCAUCAUCAAUGAAGAAAAUGCAGAAUCACUCUUGGAAGCUGGUGACAUGCUGGAGUUCCAAGACAUCCGGGAUGCCUGUGCAGAAUUCCUGGAGAAGAACCUGCAUCCCACCAACUGCCUGGGCAUGCUGCUGCUGUCCGAUGCACACCAGUGCACCAAGCUGUAUGAGCUCUCUUGGAGAAUGUGUCUCAGCAACUUCCAAACCAUUAGGAAGAAUGAAGAUUUCCUCCAGCUGCCCCAGGACAUGGUAGUGCAGCUCUUGUCCAGCGAAGAACUGGAGACAGAAGAUGAAAGGCUUGUGUACGAGUCUGCAAUUAACUGGAUCAGCUACGACCUGAAGAAGCGAUACUGCUACCUCCCCGAGCUGUUGCAGACGGUGAGGCUGGCGCUCCUGCCAGCCAUCUAUCUCAUGGAGAAUGUGGCCAUGGAGGAACUCAUCACCAAGCAGAGAAAGAGUAAGGAAAUCGUGGAAGAGGCCAUCAGGUGCAAACUGAAAAUCCUGCAGAAUGAUGGAGUGGUCACCAGUCUCUGUGCCCGGCCUCGGAAAACAGGCCAUGCCCUCUUCCUCCUGGGAGGACAGACUUUCAUGUGUGACAAGCUAUAUCUGGUAGACCAGAAGGCCAAAGAAAUCAUUCCCAAGGCUGACAUCCCCAGUCCACGAAAAGAGUUCAGUGCAUGUGCAAUUGGUUGCAAAGUGUACAUUACUGGAGGGCGAGGGUCUGAGAAUGGAGUCUCGAAAGAUGUCUGGGUGUAUGACACCCUGCAUGAGGAGUGGUCCAAAGCUGCUCCCAUGCUAGUGGCCAGGUUUGGCCAUGGCUCUGCAGAACUGAAGCACUGCCUGUAUGUGGUCGGGGGGCACACGGCUGCAACGGGCUGCCUCCCGGCCUCUCCCUCCGUCUCUCUAAAGCAAGUAGAACAUUAUGACCCCACAACCAACAAAUGGACCAUGGUGGCCCCACUGCGGGAAGGCGUUAGCAACGCCGCAGUCGUGAGUGCCAAACUCAAAUUGUUUGCUUUCGGAGGUACCAGCGUCAGUCAUGAUAAGCUCCCCAAGGUUCAGUGUUACGAUCAGUGUGAAAACAGGUGGACGGUACCGGCCACCUGUCCCCAGCCCUGGCGUUACACAGCAGCAGCUGUGCUGGGGAACCAGAUUUUUAUUAUGGGGGGAGAUACAGAGUUCUCCGCCUGCUCUGCUUAUAAAUUCAACAGUGAGACUUACCAGUGGACCAAGGUGGGAGAUGUGACAGCAAAACGCAUGAGCUGCCAUGCUGUGGCCUCCGGAAACAAACUUUAUGUGGUUGGAGGAUACUUUGGCAUUCAGCGAUGCAAGACUUUGGACUGCUAUGAUCCAACAUUAGAUGUGUGGAACAGCAUAACCACAGUCCCAUACUCCCUGAUUCCUACUGCGUUUGUCAGCACCUGGAAACAUCUGCCUUCUUAAAUGCAGUCCAUCCUAAAGCUUUCUCCAUCACUUGCUGAGAACACAAGAUUUCGAUUAUGGAGAGGCCAAGUUGAAUGAAGAGAGGAAAAAAAAGAAAAGAAAUUGCUACAAGACUCCAAGUCCACUGCACCUUGUAAAUGCUCUAACUGGUCAUGAAGGAAGGGAGUGAGGGAGGGGUGGGAUUUUCAGUGCGAGCAGCACAUGGUUUAAAUAUGAAUGCGUGAACCUGUGAUCUAGUCCUUGUCUUGUAAUUGUGGAUUAAUGUCAGCGUUGAUCAGCCCCUCAAAGGGAGAGAAAAGCUGGACCUUUUCCCUUGCUGUACCAUAUUCAGCAUUUGAUUUCCAUGGGCUCCACCAUUUAUGUGUAAAAUUUGAAAUGGUUGUCACCUCUCUCCAAGGAGCCCGCUUGAAGCCUCCGCACCAGCUGCUGUUGGAGAGUCAAAGCCCAACUGUGGGUCCAGGAGGGAAGCUGGCUGGGCUGGCUGAAGACCGGGACCACUGGACUCUCUGUUAAUCUCUAUGGGGCUGUGCUCCCCAGGAAGGUUUCUGAACAAUGGGGACAUUGUUGGUAGCCAUUUGGUAGAUGUUUUUUUCUAUUUAUAAGUGACUUUAAACUUUCCCUUGGCUGUUAAGAAAUUUGUUAUAGAUUUAGCUAUUUAUUGUUUGAUGCCUGCAUGCUGAAACAAUGCUUACAGUUGUCUUCACGUGUAUGGACGUGUGUGAAUGGUUGUAUGUUUUGCACAUUUUGUGGCUGUAGAGAUGUGCUUUGCUGCACAAAAAUGAGAACUUCGAGUUAAAAUGUGGAGUAUAACUAGAGGGUGGGGUGGGGAGGGGAGUUUUUAUUUUAUAAUUUUUUUUUAAUGUCAAGACAGGGAAGGAUUAUAAGAAACUUAAAUGACAUCCUAGAGAUAGAAAAACCGUGGAGAUGACUUUUCUUAAACUCAACCAACUUUCAAUGGGGUUUCAUGGGGUGUGGUUGUGCUAAUGGCUGAUGGGGUUAAGGGAGGCAUUUUUUUGGCCCUUGUCCCUCCCAUCAGAUGUAUCUAAUUCACUCUCAGCUGCUGAAAUUUGGAAAGGACCAAAUUGCUUAACAAUUUUUUUUCCUUGUGUAAUAUCCUGAAAUCCUGGAAAAUUCUAUGGAAUAAUUCUGUAUAUAGGGCACAGGUAAAGGCAUUGUCCAAAGUUUAUUUAUUUAAUCUAUUUAUUACCCUGUGAGAAUGCUCUGCCAUAACCACAGUUAAUGGGAAAAACAAAUAUCACAGAUGUAAGCUCAGUGGCCAGAUUUGCUUGACCUGGAUCCAUUGUUUUCUGUUCUUGCUGCAGGAUUUAGCAAGUGGAAAAAAUUCUCCAGGUCAGUAUUCAUGUUGACACAACGUAUACUUUAGUGCUAACCCUUAGGUAAAUCUCUAAAAAAAACAAAACCUCUUUGGUGUACAGAAGUGACACAUUAGGCCACAAAACACCAACAAGUUGUAAGCAGUGGCCCCUGUGGAGAGGUUUUCCUGUAGAGGUGGAAAUUAGUUGUGAAUACAUUCUUUGCCUGUUCGCUUGUUUGAUAAGCACGUGCUAUGGUAGGUAUUAGUGCUAGGCUCAUGUAGGUGCUUCCUUGGAGGUAUCUGGGGAAGACCGAAGUUUGCAGCUUGAACUGCUUUUGUCUGCGUUUCUCACAUUGCUGUACUUUAGAAAAUAGAGCUUAAGGCUAAUGAAACCCUUUUACAUUGUGUGUUUGCAUUGUCUAAUGACAGAUAAAUCCUUAGCAUUUCUCUCCAGCGUAGUACUUUAGACUAAUUGUAAAUGUCCGUCCGUGCCAUGAGUAAGUGGGCUAUAGUUGGACCAAGUAAAUGAGCCGUUGGAAGCAAAGGAUCACAAUACCUUCAAGCAGUCAGCCCCUGGUUCCUAGAUGCGUUCUGAGCAAGGCAAAUGUCUAAUUGUACCCUGGCGGCAUCGUCAGUGUCGUUAGAUUGUAGCAGUUACAGCUCUGUAGUUUAUGAUGCAAAUCUGCCUAGAGAUGUAUGUGUCACUGCCUGGCUUCUGAAAGCGCAAUGAAUUUUCUGCAGCUGUUUCAAAGUUGUGGCCUGUCCUUGAAUCCUCUAUUAAUUACUGUGUGUGAGCCAGAGGGAGCUGUGGUAAGGGUGGGCCCCCAGCCUGUAGAACUUUCUGGACUCUCUCUUUGAAUUGAUGUAGGCAUUUGGACUCACUACUUGACCAUUCUCACCCUGUGAAACGUCCCGCACUUUGAAGCAAAUACAAUUCACAGCACAGUACACACAAAAACCUUGGCAUAAGACAGAGAAGGUUCUUCUUAUUUUGUGGGCUGGUUGCUGUAGAAACGGAUAACAAAGGGCAGCCUUCCACUUCUGGUAUAAUUGUGUAGCGCCUUUUCUCUGGGCUUGACACCUGUCUGAAUAAGAGUGAUUAGAUCUGCAUAAUAUCCUUCCCUUGGCCAUUGACUAUGUGGUUCACGUACAAAACUGUAGAAGUUGAAGAAGUAAAAUGUUCAUGUUCAUAUGUACUUGUUUGCUACUACUACAUUUUUGAAGUUUUGUAAAACUCAUUUUUUUUUUCACAAUGUGAAACUGAAGGUCAAUAAAUUAUUAGAGAUUUUCUCUUCA